AUGCCGCCGCAGAUGAAGAUCGUUGUGAAGGUGCCAAUGCACUGUGACAAAUGCAGAAGAAAGGCCAUGAAGAUUGCAGCUCGUGCACAGGGUGCUAGUAAAGUGUCGAUAGAAGGAGCAAACAAAGAUCUUGUGGAGGUGAUCGGGGAUGAUGUAGACUCGGUUUGCUUGACAAGGUCAUUGAGGAAAAAGUUCGGCUGUUCCUGCGACCUAGUCAAAGUUGAAGAAGUGAAGCCGGCAGUUAAAACUGUGGAAAAGCCAACUCCAGCUCCUUCAGCUCCUUCAGCUCCUUCAGCAAGCUGUGCUCAAAACUGUUGCACUCCCCAGUUUCGUCCAAUGUACUGUGAACUGAUGCAUGGAUCUAAAGUUCAUAAGAAAUAUUUUUAUAUCAAUUGCUUCUCUCUUUGA